AUGGGCUUCUUUAGCAAUAUCUUUGCGCGAAAGAAUAGCAACAGGCCUUCGCUCAAGGGUCAAGCGUACAAUUCGACUGUGGCUUCAAUCCCACCAAUUCAAGGGACAUACCCAGUCGCUGGAAAUGGACCAAAUGUAUUGGAUCAGCUGCAACGAGCAGCCAGAAAACGCAGCCAAGCCCAAUUAUCAACGAUAUCACAAGAUCCUGCAGCGCCACCUCCCAUGGUCCCCCGAUUCAGAGGCCCAUCUCCCUCCCGCCCAACAACAGCUCCAAACCAAGCCAACAGUCUCUCGUCCCGUCCGCUCUCCCUCUCGCGAAGCAUACGAAGCUCCAAUUCAGCAUGGAGUGUUCCAGAGCGACCAACACGAGGCCGCGAACGACCACCGCCCGUACCUUCAAUUCCAACACACCAUCGUCGCGAGAGCUCAACAGAUUCAGCACAUGAUAAGCGGAAUUCGUUUAUAGACAUUCUCGAUGCGCAGGGAGAAUUCAGGCCUUCCAACUUUAGAUCGCGGGUGGCUGCUUCGGGGGCGAGGGAGUAUGGGGAGGACGUUGCGGAGAGGAAUAUUGGUGAGAAUUGUGUGAACCUUAACAGUGCUGCUGCUCAAGCCUUUUAUCGACUUUCUGGAGGGAGGGAGCUGCAGUCGUUUGAGUAUGAAGAAGAAGAGGAUGAUUCUGCGCCUGCGCCGGGUGUUCCGCAUGGCGAUCUAGGGACGAUACGGGAGGCUUGGUCAAGACCGUCGAGUUCAUCAGCUUGGAGGUCAUUUUCGGGAUCAAUUGGUAAUGAUCUGCUAAGAUCCGGAAAGUCGAAUCGACGAGAGUCACAAUCGAACCUCAACCCAGGAACAUUAUCGAUGCGGGAUCGGAGAAGGUCCUUCAAUGCAUUUGCUUCUCCAUCAGAAACCGAACCUCAACCGCGCAAACCAAGGCCCAUGAGUCUCCAUCCUUCGCUAUCCAGUGGCUUAACAUACGAGACUUCAUCUUCACCACCGCCAGUUCAAAGAUCUCGACCAAAGACGAGUGAAGGCCGAAGCCGAGGAAGGAGUUUCAGUCGUGUCGAGAUUGAUACGGUUGACGAGGCGUUUGAUGAAGCUGCGCCGUGCCCAAUCAUCCCAGCGCAAUUCAGACCAGACAAGCGAGCAAGUGUAUACCUUGAACCGAAUUACCGGUAUGACCGGAACGAUGUCCAUCAUCCUCGUCCAGAGUCAUAUCACGGAGGCUCGACGCUCUCAUCUUAUCCCCGAAGCGAACUGUCACAGCCUUCACGCCCAUCGAGCUCUUCAUCAAUCGACAAACCAUUUCCUCGAUCUCGCACAAUGGCCAGCGUUGCUCUACGAAACCAACGUCUAGACGAUAUAAACGAACACAUUCCUGUGCGGACAUCUUCUCUCAAUGUCAGUUCACAGGCAAACAUCACUCCUACAACGCAGUCAUCUGGUUUCUCGAGCAUCCAAUACCCCGCUGGUCAUCAUACGCCAAGCACAUCUGUCGAUGCAUCUCUACCACCAUCGAUCAAGAUACGCCCUGAGCACGAGCACACUCAGCAUAACUCACCUGGGGAUGACUAUUCCGCCGAGACACUUGUUCCAUCAAGGAUGGACAUCGAGCAACAUCUCGGCCAUCCCAUUACAACCGAUCACGACAUGGAUCUGUACCUCUCCGAUGCAAGCGAGGACUCCAUAGACUCCUUCGUCGCAUGGAAAGAGAAGCGUCGCGACGGCGAAGGACUCCUUAUGAAGGACAACUACGGCAUGUCAGGCGACGGUCUCCCAGGCAUAUACGAACCCCUCCCCAUCCUCAAAGCUCCCGCCUCACCACCCCCAAUCCCCAUAAUCCCCUCUGCACCAGUCUCCAAACGUCCCAAAACACCAAAAAGCCCAAAGAGUCCCCAACGACCGCGCACACGAAGCAACAGAUCCACACCACGCCGCACCCGCCAAUCCCGCAGUCGCACAACAACACCUCGUCGAACACGCCAAGUCUCUACCUCUGAAGACCCAGACUCCGAUUCAUUCUGGGAGAGCGACGCCCCCGUUGCACCGGGUUUUGUGUCCCUCGCAGAUUUGGGCAUUGAUCUUCAUGAGAUAGGGUGGGAUCAGUACGGUCUUACGGAAGCGGAUGAUGCAAAGGUCGAUAUACAGACUGCUAUUAAACUGCGCAAGGCGAUGGAGAUGAGGAAGAAGCAGCAGCAGCAGCAGCAGAGGGUUGAUGAUGAGGGGUGUGCGGCGGAUGUGGAAGAUUAA